AUGGCCUCCGAGCACGAGCGACAGCCAAGAGCACCCAGGGCUCGUGGUUUUCCACGCGGCUGCGUCGUGUUGCUCAACGGCUAUCCAGACAAUCACCUCACGAUCGACCCAGCUAUGGCUGCUCAUCCUGACAGAGGCCCAGAGUAUCAGCGCUUCCGUGCCCAGCUCCGCCAGCUAGCCUUCCGCGAGCUCAAGAGUCUCGAAGACCCAGACAUAGUGCUGUUCAUGACUGCCUGUCUUGGUGACAACGAUGAGGAUGCAGCCGCGCUCGCCGAACACAUCGAUAUCGCGCGUGUGCGGAAUGUGCCAUUCCUCUCAUUCACUCUCGAAUGCGAUACUGAUGAAAUGCGCGGCAGAAUCAGCGCAGCAGACCGGCUGAAGAGUAAUAGAUUCAAGCUGGCAGACCCUGGUGCGUAG